AACACCAUUAAUGGAGACAGUUGAGAGUUGAAAAACGAAAACUAAGCCUCUCCCUUUAUUUACUCUCCAAUUGGGCUCAAGGUUUUCAUCACUAUCAGAUCAAAACUGCACUUCAUUCUCUUAUCUUCUUCUUCCUUUUCAUGGGUUCUUAUUCAAAGUACACCAAGCUUCUCUUCACAAUUCUUCUCCUUCUUGGGACAGCCAUUGAUGGGAUCAAUGGAGAUGCCAUGGUCUCUGGAACUGUAUUUUGUGAUCAAUGCAAAGAUGGUCAAGUUUCAUUCUUUGAUUAUCCUGUAAACGGAGCUAAAGUUACUCUCACAUGUACGGAUAGCAAUGGGGAGAUUUUGAUGUCAAGAGAAGAGACCACAAACUGGUUUGGGAACUAUGCAAUGAGGUUUGAUGGGACACCGGACCUGAGCAACUGUAAUGCCCAGGUCUCCGGCGGGAAUAGCUCCGGCUGCGGAGUAACUGCCGGUCCGGCCAAAAAGCUAACACUGACGUUUAGGAUGUUUGGGAUGGAGAUGUAUGCUGUGGAUUCAUUGCUUUCUCAGCCAGCUGAGCCAAUGUCUUUCUGUCCCAAGUCGCCGGCGCCAGCGGUCAGGCCUCCUCCUCCUACGCCGCUAGUCGGGUCUCCUCCGCCUUUCAGACUUCCGCCGAUGCCUCGGUUGCCACCAUUGCUGCCCAUGCCUCCUCUGCCUUCUUUGCCGCCCAUGCCUCCCUUGCCAUUUCUGGAGGCGUCAGCUUGCCCACAUCAGAGGUGGAUAAUGCCGGAAUACAAGUGCUACUGGAGGGCGCUGAGUCCUGAAUCAAAGGUAGCGGUUGUAUUUGGGCCAUUAGCAGGGAGGAAGUAUGGAUCAGAUAUGACCUUAUGGCAAGCUUUGCAGGGGAGAGGAGAACCUUACAGGACUCUGCUAAGGGAAGCCACAACUGCCCUGCUCAACUCCUAUAAUAGUCUUCAGUUCCCCUAUCAUUCAGUCACUGUUCUCACUCACACAAAUUGGGCCUUGAUGGGCUCUAAACGCAGCGUUUUGCUCACUGCACUCAGGUUCAUCAGGGCUAAUUCUGGGAUCACAACCAAAACUCCCUGCAGAUUCGCUCCUUGCAAAUGAUCAUCAUUACACACAAUAUACAUCUAUAUAUAUAUAUAUAUAUAUAUGAAAACAUAUACAUAUAUAUAUAUAUAUCAUAUCAAAUCAAUUUUACUAUAUAUUUUCAUGUGUCAUUUGGUUAUAU